AUGCCGGCCAUGCUCGAUGACCCCUUGGCCCCGACCAUCUACCGUUCCUCGGGGGAUCCGCCCUUCCCUUCGGUUCAUGAUCACGACCCUUCAACUCAUCCCCUCCUCCCCCUGGACGUCUACCCGCGACAGGUCACCCUGCGCGACCGCAUCACCACGGCCACCAUCGUGCCCUUCUCUUCCCAGCAUCAGGUUCCCCCCUCCCUUCUCGCCUACCUGUGCGACCAGUUGAACCGGGAAAUCGAACGUGGAGAUAGCUAUCCCAUGAUUGAUACCAUGACGACGGAUGCGUUUGCCGCCUACUGGUACCAGAACUUUGCCGCCGUGAUGCUGCUGGGCAGCAUCGAGAGCGCCGACGAGCUGAUCGACGCCACCGACUGGGACUCGCAGUGUCUGGGCAGCUAUUACAUCAAGCCCAACUACCCGGGCCGCAGUAGCCACAUUUGCAAUGCCGGCUUCCUCGUCUCCCAUGCGGCGAAGAACAAGGGCGUGGGCCGUCUGCUCGGCGAGAGCUACCUGGACUGGGCACCCAAGCUCGGAUACACCUACUCGGUCUUCAAUCUCGUGUUCGAGACCAACGUGGCCUCGUGUCGCAUCUGGGAUGCUCUGGGCUUCAAGCGCAUCGGCCGAGUCAAGGGCGCCGGCAAUCUGAAGAGCUACCCGGGUCAGUAUAUCGACGCCAUCAUCUACGGCCGUGACCUCGGCCCCGACGGCGAAGACUUCGUUAGCGAAGAACGCUUCGACAAGAUCAAAUUCUACCUCAAGUACGGCAAGUAUCCCGCCGGCGCCGACCGGGCCGAGAAGAGCCGUCUCCGAAGCGCCGCCACCCACUACAAGCUCGUGCCCGAGUCCGACAAGCUGAUGCUCAAGGACAAAGAGGUCAUCGCGGAUCCCCAGCGGCAGUACGUGAUCGCCCGCGACGUGCAUAUGGUCCACCACGGCGGGAUCAACAAGACCACGGCUACCAUCGCCGAAAAGUACCACUGGGUGCGCAUCAAAGAGACCGUCUCUCUCGUCAUCCGCAACUGCAGCUCCUGUAAGGAACUCGGGAAAGCCCCUGUCGUCCGCGCCGACGGCGUGAUCAGACCUGCGCCGCGCCUGGCCCCCUCACCGCCCGGGCAAGGCGCCGUCAGCGCGGCCGGCCGGGUGCUGAGCCUGCCGCACCCGGACCACAGCUCGCAUGUCUCGGAGCACGGGCCGGCUGGCUUCGAACAUGCGGGGCAGGGCUCCGUCUCUCCGCAAGUCCUGAAUCGGAGCCUGCCGGGUCGAGAUGCGGACCAGAUGGGAGCAAUGCAGCAGCACCCGCCCGCGCCGAUAGCGCCGAUAGCGCGCAUGCAGAACGACUACCUGCCGCUGGAUCCGCAGAUGAUGGACGAUGCUCUCGUGCGCCACCAGCUGGGCAGCUACAGCUCAGAUCCUCACACCCACGCCAUGAGCAACCAUCACUACGGCGAGCACGACCCGCACGAUCCCGACUCCUUCCAUGCCAUGCUGACGAAUAGUGGCCACGGGGGGAGGGAUGGAGCUGGUCACGACGAGGGCGGGAGCGAGGAUCUGGAUAUGCUGAUUGAUCCCGAGGAGGAAGGAGAUGGGGACGGGGAGGAGGAAGGCCAGAGGAUGGGGAAGGCCAUGAUGCAGGCGCAGGCUGGAGCGGCCGCGAGGGCUGCUGCCGAGGAGGCAUUGAAGACGGUGGGUUGA